UUGGGGAGCUUUCCUUUCCUGCGGCCAGCUUGCUUUGACAGCCAACACUGGCGCAGAGUCUUGUCACAAUUUAUAUCCUUUUUAUUGUAUGUAACGAUAAUUCAUACACACACACUUCAAUAUCCUCUUCCGACAAGAAGUGGAGGACCGGCCUCGUCUAGAAUGGGGAACCGAGACGAUGAAUACGAUUUCUUGUUCAAAGUUGUGUUGAUUGGGGACUCGGGCGUAGGGAAGAGCAACCUUCUCUCCAGAUUCACACGCAACGAGUUCAACCUGGAGAGCAAGAGCACCAUCGGGGAGUUCGCCACGCGCAGCAUCCAGGUGGACGGCAAGACGAUAAAGGCCCAGAUCUGGGACACGGCCGGCCAGGAACGCUACAGAGCCAUCACCUCAGCGUACUACCGGGGGGCGGUGGGCGCCCUGCUGGUGUACGAUAUCGCCAAGCACCUGACCUAUGAGAACGUGGAGCGCUGGCUGAAGGAGCUGCGUGACCACGCCGACAACAACAUCGUCAUCAUGCUGGUGGGCAACAAGAGCGACCUGCGCCACCUGCGGGCGGUGCCCACCGAUGAGGCCCGCGCCUUCGCAGAAAAGAACAAUCUGUCAUUCAUAGAAACAUCUGCCUUGGACUCAACAAAUGUUGAGGAAGCUUUCAAGAAUAUCCUAACAGAAAUCUAUCGCAUCGUAUCACAGAAGCAGAUAGCCGAGCGGUCCGCCCACGAUGAGUCCCCGGGAAACAAUGUGGUGGAUAUCAGUGUUCCACCCACCACCGAUGGGCCGGGGGGCAAACUGCAGUGCUGCCAAAACCUGUAACCCACGGCAACUGGUCUACCACACCUGGGGAGAUUACUCAUUCAAAAUCGUUUUUGUCAGUUAUGUUGAGCAUUUACUUUCUCUCUGGGCA